AUGCUCUUUCGCAGCCGGGCCUCUGCCUCAGACCACGAGAAGGCCGUCAUGCGCGGCGUCGUGAAGCUGCAGGCAGCCGUUCGACGGAAGCGAGCGCACAGCUCCUUUUUGAGAAUGGACGAGACCGACGCGCUGCCGCUUCGCGACGCGUGGGCAAUCUGGCUCUUCCUCGCUCACGUGAUUGCGGUCGUGUGGGUUGGUUCGCCCUUCCUCGGCGCCGAAAGCUACCUCGGCGAGGCGGCGUUCGAACACCACCAAGCUCGCGACCUUGCGCUAGCGCUCGCCCUCUCGCUCUGCACUUCAUUCGCGUUUGUGCACUGCUUCGUGCUCGUGCUUGAGACGCAGGCGCUCCGCCUGCUGUACGUGACGCUCUUUGCGGUGCCCAGUACGCUCGUGGCUUUCGGAGUCGCUGCUGCCGCCGACGCCGCCGGCCCCAAUAAGCUUGGCUAUGCGGAGGAGUACGGGUCGAACCUGGGCUUCGGCGUCGCUCUGGUCGGAGGCGCCAUAUUCCUCAGCGUCUACCUCCUCCGGUGGCGGAUCGAUACCAGCGCCGCGCUGCUGUCCAAAUCUGCGGCGCUGCUGCUCGAGAUGCCGGGCCUCAUCACGGUGGCGUACGGCUCGGCACUCGCUGCGACAUGCUGGUUUCUUCUGUGGCUUCCUUUUGCCGUCUACGUAAUCCAGCGCGUGGUCGAGCACCUCUGGGACGACUUCUACCAGCAGUGGGGCGAGGGCGCGGAGGCGAGGUACACCUCGGGCGAGGUGACGGCCAUCUGCGCUGCCGUCUACUUUCUCCUCCUCCUCUCGCUGUACUGGGGCCAAAACGUGUGCAAGGGCGUCUCCGACGUCACCGCGGCCGGCGCAAUCGGCGCGUGGGUCUUUGUGCCAGAGACGGUGGCAGCGCCAGCGCCUUGCGUCGGCCUCCUCCUGAAGCCCGUCGUGUCCAACGCGCUGCUCCGGGCGAUGACGACCUGCUUCGGCUCGAUCUGCUUCGGAACGCUCGUGGUGGCGGUCGUGCAGGCACUCGUCGCGACGCUCAAGCAGCUCAAGUACAGGCGGAUGAGCAACUGCGUCCCGCUGGGGCUGCCGCUCAAGCUCGUCAAUUGCUGCGUCGACUGCGUGCUCGACGCGAUCAAGCGCGCGGCCGAGGCCUUCAACGAGUGGGCGCUCGUCUACACCGGCCUGUACGGCCGCUCCUUCCUCGCCUCGGGCCGCGCCGUCAUCGGGCGCUCGCUCGUCAAGAAGGCGGGCAUGGACGUCGCCGCCAACAUCCUACUCGUCUCGCCCGUGGUCUGGCUCGCCACCGCAGGAUGCCUCCUCGUCACGCUCGCCAUGUGUGCCGCCCUCGCCGCCGCCCUCGGCCACCACGGCCAGACGCAGGCGAUCUGGGUGAUGUUGCCGCUGCCGCGCCGCUACGCGCUCGCCGCGGCGCUCGCUGUCCCGGUCGUUUCGGUCGGCUUGUCGCCGCUCCUGACCAGCACGCGCACGCUGCUAAUCUGCUACGCCGAGGCGGACCACUCACACGCGCUCCGCACGACGCCGCGACUGUACGCGGACCACGUCCUCCGCCGGCGAGACCCGGAGCUCGUCGAGCGGAUCGAGGGCGCGCGAGAUUUGGGCCGCCGCAAGGGGCGUGAGGCGCGAGCCGUAAUCUUCAUCUUGUUCUCAGUUCUCUAA